CGGAAGUUAUUUUCUGUCCUUCUCAAACUUCGCAUUAACAGCAAGCUAGCGAUCUGUUUAGCUAACAUCAUCACAGUUUAUCCUUCCAUUUCGUCGCUAAAGUUAGCUUUUAUUUCCAAUUAAGAAUGUCAGAAAGAAAAGUGUUAAACAAAUACUACCCGCCAGACUUCGACCCGGCUAAAAUACCCAAACUUAAGCUCCCUAAAGACCGGCAGUAUGUGGUCCGGCUGAUGGCUCCCUUCAACAUGAGGUGUAAGACUUGUGGGGAGUACAUUUACAAGGGGAAGAAGUUCAACGCCCGUAAGGAGACUGUGAUGAAUGAGCUCUACAUGGGACUGCCCAUCUUCCGCUUCUACAUCAAGUGUACAAGAUGCCUGGCUGAGAUCACCUUUAAGACUGAUCCGGAGAACACAGACUAUGCCAUGGAACACGGWGCCACAAGGAACUUCCAGGCGGAGAAACUUCUAGAGGAGGAAGAGAAGAAGAUAACUAAGGACAGGGAGGAGGAAGAGUUGAACAACCCUAUGAAGGUGUUGGAGAACCGUACACGGGACUCUAAGAUGGAGAUGGAGGUUCUGGAGAAUCUUCAGGAGCUCAAGGAGUUGAACCAGAGACAGGCUUCGGUGGACUUCGAAGGAAUGCUGGGAACAUACAAAGAGCUGGAGCAGAGGACCAAAGAGCAGGAGAAGGAGGAGGACGAGAGGGAGACGCGGGAGAUGCUAGAGAGAGCUCUAGUGAAGAGGUUAAGAGACUCCGACUCUGACUCUGACCAGGAGAGCGAGAGCAGCAGCAGACCAAAGAAACCCAGCACAGACAGACCUACUGACAUCCUCACCACAGACAGACUCACUGACCCACAGGGCCUGUCAGUGGGGGGGGUGAAGAAGGCUAAGGUGGAGAGCUGGGAGAGAAGUGUGGGGGGGCUGGGAGGUGGAGGGGUACUGGGAACACUGGUGGUGAGGAAGAAACCAGCGACCUCUGUUCCCAAACCUGGUACCACAGUAACUCCUGCAGGCUCUAACACACAGACAGUUUCAAAGGCAGCUGCUACUGUACCGACGGAGGCUACUAAGCCAAUCACAGCACAGAAUGGGUCGUUGUCGCUCAGCCUCCUGGGGGUGUAUUCCGACAGUGAUGACAGCAACAACAGUGAAUGAGAGAAAGGCUGGCGAUGCUUUGGCUAAUCAAAAUGCUCAGUCAGUGUCUGAACUUUGUGAUAUGGAAAUAUGUUGAUAUGUUGUUGGGCAAUUCACCUCUUCCACACAACCCAGAACAGUUUUGGAUUUUCAAGAUCACAACACAAGGAUGGUUAUUAGGUGUAAGAAAGGGGUAAGCAAUUUGAUGCCUGUGAUGAUUUAAAACUACUGUAUUUGUUUCAGGGUAUAUAGGAGAGUUAAAGGGCUGAAUUGUAUCAUUCUGCUUUGUGACCCCUACCCCAAUGUAAUUCGUUUUCACCUGUGAUUUUAGAAAAUAUAUUUUGAAAUGUCCAUCUACCAACUACCCUCCUCCAACUUUGUAAAGGUGUAAGUCAUGUUUUGGCUUUUCAUUAAAUACUUAUUUUCCUCUAAA